GGGGGGGGUGCGGUCUGACGAUCUGGCGGGCUGACGAGCUUUAAUCACCGCAAGCAGAACAUGGAGGUGUCUUGUCUGCACUCAAGCGAUAUGCGCUUUAUCUGCACUGACCAUGGCGUCGAAAGUUGCGACGAUCCCAAUCUAGCAAGCCUUGUUCCGAGCUUCAUGUGAUCGGCUUGUCGUGAUUGCUCAUUCCGCCGCUCAUCAUCAUCUCUCGCCGUCGGCAUCCUUCCUUAUAUACCCACCGCGGACCACGGUGAGCGCGAUAGAGGAUCGCGCGGACGUGAAGCUCAGCUCCUGCUAUCACUCCAUUCGUGACUCCGAGUCAGCAGCAGGCCGCUAUCCUGAACAUUCCCUCCCUUCACACGACUCACAUUCAGCACGACUCCCACCGACGGACCACUAUGGCCAGCGACAAGAAGGCGGACCCGAUCUUGCUGACGCUCUUUGCCAACCGCUUUAUGAGCGUUGCAGAGGCGAUGGGCCGGUCGCUGCAGCAGACGUCGAUCAGCACGAACAUCAAGGAGCGCCUCGACUUCUCCUGCGCCCUCUUCGCCCCCGACGGCGACCUCGUCGCUAAUGCCCCCUUCAUCCCCAUCCACCUCGGCUCUAUGAGCUUCGCCGUCAAAUACCAAAUGAAGCUACACGGCGCCACCAUGAAAGAAGGCGACGUCUUAAUGACCAACUCCCCGCACGCCGGCGGCUCGCACCUGCCCGACAUCACCAUCAUCACGCCCGUCUUCGACCCCGCCUCGCACGAGAUCAUCUUCUUCACCGCCUCGCGCGGGCACCACGCUGAUAUCGGCGGCAUCCUCCCCGGGUCGAUGCCCCCGACCUCGGUGAACAUCUUCGAGGAGGGCGCGGAGAUCGAGAGCUUCAAGAUCGUGGACGGGGGCGUGUUCGACCAGAAGGGGCUGCACGAGUACAUGAUCGAGAAGCCGGCGCGGUAUCCGGGGAGUUCGGGGUGCAGGAAUAUCAGGGACGUAGAGAGUGACUUGAAGGCGCAAAUCGCCGCCAACCACAAGGGGAUCCAACUCAUCCAUGCAAUCGUCGCCGACUACAGCUUGCCAACGGUACAGAGCUAUAUGUACCACAUCCGCAACAACGCCGAGCAGUCCGUCCGCACCCUCCUGCGCAGCGUCGUCGAGCGCCUCGGCACGAACGAGCUCUCCGCGGUCGACUACCUCGAUGACGGAUCCCCGAUCGCUCUCAAGGUCACCAUCGACAAAGACACCGGCGGCGCCGUAUUCGACUUCGAGGGCACCGGCUUCGAGGUGCGCGGCAACCUCAACGCACCCAUAUCCGUCGUGCACUCCGCCAUCAUCUACUGCGUGCGCUCGAUGCUUGACAUGGACAUCCCGCUGAACGCGGGGUGUUUGGUGCCGUUGGAGAUCAAGAUCCCAAAGAAGUCACUGCUGGCGCCCUCGCGCACGGCAGCCGUGUGCGGCGGGAAUGUACUCACAUCGCAGCGCAUCGUCGAUGUGGUGCUGAAGGCGUUCAAUGCAUGCGCUGCGAGUCAGGGGUGCACGAACAACCUCACGUUCGGCGCCGGCGGCAAGGAUAAGGAGGGCCGAGCAAUCCCAGGCUGGGGCUACUAUGAGACCGUCGCCGGAGGCUCAGGCGCCGGCCCGGGCUGGCACGGUACCGACGGCGUCCACACGCAUAUCACCAACACGCGCAUCGGCGACGUCGAAUUGCUAGAGCGGCGAUACCCCGUCCUCGUCCACCGCUUCGGCCUGCGCAGCGGCUCCGCGGGCGUAGGCCACUGGCACGGCGGCGAGGGCGUCGUCCGCGACAUCGAGUUCCAGGAGCCGAUCCAGGUGUCCAUCCUCUCCGAGCGCCGCACCCGCGCCCCCUACGGCCUCGAGGGCGGCGGCCCCGGGGGCAUGGGCCGCAACACCUGGGUCAAGCACCCGCGCGAGGCCGACGGGGAUGUCGUCGAAGGAGACGACAGCCCGCGGUACAUCAACAUCGGCGGCAAGGCGACGGUGUGGAUGGGCAAGGGCGACCGGCUGGUCAUCGAGACGCCUGGCGGGGGCGGGUGGGGGGCACCGGAUCCGGAGCGGCCGACGCUGAAGACGCAUGCGCACUCGAGUGGGUGGGAGCCGAGGGGCUCGUUUGCGGACCGGGCGGCGGAGCAGGCGGCGUUCUAAGCGCGAAGUGGGCGAGGAAGGGCAGAUGAAUGUAUGAAGUUUGUAGCAUGAAUGUUGUACCAACAGUGAAUAGAUACCACAUCGAUGAAAAUAUAGUUACUGAUCGAACUAUCGCUUUGAGCGGG